ACAUCUCAUACAAUAAUGCCUAUUGCUGAAGUAGAACAAUUACUUAAAAAAUAUGAACAAGAUGAAGAAAAAAUUGAAAGUAUUAUAAAAGAGAAAAAUUUUAACAAAAUUGAUGAUGAAAAAAAAUCAAAACAAACAAUUGUAAUAAAAGACUUUUUAACAAUAAAAGAAGUUGCUGAACGUAAUUUACAACUGAUGAAAGAUUUAGAAACAGCGAAAGGAAGUCUUAGAUCCAAGGCAAUCUUUAGUCCCAGCGAAAUUGAGUGGGAGAAAAUUUGCAAGCAGUAUAAACAGGAACUUUCUUUACCUAUAACAAUCUGGAGAUGUAAUAAUUAAAUAGUUUAAUAAA